CGGAAUAAAUACAACACGACAAAUGCCUCGACGCUUUUAACGCUCUCAUGUGAAACACCGCGCAUUAUUUUACUGAAGUCAAGACUGCCUUGAUGCACUUUGCGUGUUUGCGCAACUGAUUGAAAAAACCGCGCAAAUUCCUUCAUUUAAUUCCGCUAAGUCUGCAACACAAGGCAGGGGAAUUUAGAUCAAUAUCAGUGUCAGUCGGUAAAAAGGACAUUACACAGUUUGGAUAUCAACAUCGUCCAAUAAUGCUGCUCUUACUUGGUCUGCUUUUCGUCCAGUUUAUUAUCCUAUCUUCCGCGCAGUUUUGCGAUCAACGAGCAAACGGCGGAGAAUUGUUGUGCUGUAAAGGGACGAAUAAUUCAUGUUGGGUGCGCGUGCCUUCAUCACCAGAGAAUGCUUUACCGGCGGGUCAAACAAGGGUUUGCUACUGUGAUGAAUAUUGUCGUACAACUGGUGAUUGCUGUUCAGAUUUGAAACGUGUUGAAGCCGAGUGUCGAGGUUUGAAAAUCAUUUAAAAUUCUUUUAUCAUUUACACUUCUGAGCACUGUAAAAUUAAGUUCUUAUUCUAAUUUGUCAAGUAGUGUAGUUUUAAUUCACUCAAAUGCAUACAUUGUAAUUUCUUUUAAUUUUCUGUCUGUAUAGAAAAAAUAUACAUGCGUGAAAUUAUAUUACAGGUAUGGAUACUAGUGUGUCUCACGAAUAUUAAUUCAAUAUAUGACAUGAGUUGGCAAGAUUUCUGCCGAAAUAUUGGAUCGUUUUUUUUUACUACAACAAUGAAAAGAUAUUUUUAACUGUAUAGCAUUUGUUCAAAAUUUAUAGGGCUAUACGGUAGUGUCCAAUUUCUCAAUCCUGAGAAAGUCAUUAACCUGUAUUCAAUACUUUUCCUUUGUGUAAUACAAAGUUAAAAGCUAUGUGGCAGUUAAGAAUUAUUCGAAAUUUAGAUGCGAAGCAGAAUAUAGUGUCGUAUAUUUAAAAUUUGAGAAAUAUUUAACCUAAUGAGAAAAAUCAUCAGGUGUUUGACGACAGUGAAUAAAAGCUUGACAGUGAAUUUAAUCCUUAAUGAUUUAGCAGCUGUCGUGACUAAAUGUUAAUGACGAUUUCUGCGCGUUAACACUUCUACUCAUCAUAAUAAAUGGUUGUGUGUACUUUUUAUUAUCAAACAGAACAGUUUGUUUACAAAGGCAUAACAUUUUUUUGAAGCACGCUGACCGCGUGGCCUUGAUUUGCCUUGAGCACUUGGCAUCUAAUUCGCUGCUUGUGUUAUCUGAUCUGCAUUUAUUGCGCUCGAGAGAUUUAUUUCAUAGUAGAAUCGAUUUCACAUCAGAUAAAUUUUCUGCCAGCUGAAUUGACGUGUCACUAUAAAGGCAAGAUUAUUUUGCGCAUUUUUCACUUAAUAAGAAAGAUUGCACGAGUGCUUCUUUGUUUGUGAAACGCUUUUCAUCCAAGAUAUUAAAGCUGCAUGCUGUCAAUGCAACAGAAGCACGCGCAUUCUUAUUCAUUACUUUCGCAUGGCCGCCUGCCCAUUUCAAAAAACAACAAAACACCCAUCCGGCAAUUUACGCUUCUCGUGGUGGGAAAUUUGUAUCAUCCGCUUUUAGUUUGCGGUGAGACACUAAGAUUAUAAGACAAUAAAAAUACGCAAAGUGGUCUUGUGCCAGAACAGUGCGGGAACGCAAUUCCAUAUGAUGGUUCGAAACAGUUUGGGUACAGUUUGGGCUCGCCAGUAAACCGGUAUUCCGGACCAGAGUAUUUCCUGAGUUUAGGUGGUACUUUUUAUUCAAUGUUGUUUUAUUAAACUCAACCACAUUGGCUCCUCACGAUGAUCUAUUUUUACUGCUGACCACCUGAAGACCUUAUGUAAAUAGGUCAGGCAAACUGGCAAGUCGUCGGCUUUAGCCGUCUUAAAAUAUUUUCUCACUGUAAAACUGUCAAAUGUUCCAAAUGUCGUGCGCAAACAUUCCCGAGAUAGUUGACCUUGUGCCAUACUCGAUCUUUCUGUUUUUAGAAGUUUCUUCUUUAUAUAACACUUUCUUGGACGUUAUGAUAAAGUUUAAUACAGAUAUGCUUGCUCAGCAUGCCUCUAUCAUAAUGUUUUAGGGGAGAUAAUUCAGAUAAGCGGCGAUAUGAAUAGUUUUGCUACAUUGCGUGGUUUUCAGCAGAGCCUGCUUGGAACAUUGCCAACGUUGAAAACUACACCAUAAACAUGCCGGCGAAAUGCUCUCCAUUUAUAUUAAUUAACUAAGCUAUGUUAUAUAGAUCUAUAGAUAAGUGUUUCAAGUUACAACAAUGAUUGGUCUGGUUGCCAGCAGUUUAAUUAUGUCUUUUAUACAUUCCAUUUACAAAUCGUGUAUUUUUUCUUCGACAAAGUUACUAAAUGUUCAAAAAACAGCUUGAUCAGAUGAAUAUAUGGAUAGCACCCAUACACUCACCGAAUGCGCAGCAAAAAGUAAAAAUCUAAACUAUAAAAGGUAACCAAUACAUUAUCAAAUACACAUGUAUUGCAUCUAUAAAGCAAUGGUUUUUUUUUUACGGAGGUGCGAUAAUCUUGGAAGAAUUUUGUGUCAUGAAUGAUGAAUUAUGUCUUCUACUGAAACGAGCCGAGACUGUGCAGUGUUCUUCUACCAGUGCAACAUAAGUAUGUGUGCAACAAAGUUUGCAUUGUAUUUGAGCCGUUUGAUGACGUCACAGUAGGGGAUUGCCCUGCCCCCAAGGUUCUCAGUUUGUCUAUUAGUUCUAUUACGAUGUUUACAUAGAAAAAAGAUCUACCUCGAACAAGAAGCUUGAUAAUCUAAUUAAGAAUCAUUUAAAGCUUUGAUUAGCAUUCUAUGUAGAAGAUAAACAUUUCCAAAACGAGACACAGCAAGAACCACUCAGCACCAAGCAUCGCUACAUGACAAGCGAUGCUUAGGCAUUGUUCGAACAUUUUACCUUAUAAAGGCAAAUGAAAUGCAUUUUUGAACCUCAAUCGCGGAGGCCAAAAGCACAUACACCGGCAUCAACACCCAUUGGACUAGUCCUGAAUGACUCGGACCUCCGAAAAGACAGAACUAAGUUAUCUAGGAAAAGUUAGAUUAGUUAAGAUUAGUUUUAGUUGGCACUAAAAUAUAAUGCAGUGUUCACCAGGGGUUAUCUACUGCCGAGGCCUCCCGGUUUAUUUCCCAAAGUUGGUGAUUCUAAAUAUAACAUUUUUAAGAUCCAUGCGCUGUAUAAAAUUGAGCUUUUAGCCUAGGGAAAUGCCAAAUUGAGAAGCCCGAAAGGUGACUCAGCAACUUUGUUAUAAAGGAUGUACAUUUUCACACGGGGUGUUUAAAAUGUCUGAUUAAUCAAAUGGAUCAUUGAAAUCAUGCAUCAAUUCUGUCAAUAGGUUUGAUGACCCCUUCAAACAGCCAUAACAUAAUCAAAAUUAAUCUCUUUGAUUGAAUUCGCGCCUGUACUAACAAUAAGCUGCGUAAAAUCUGGAACACAGCUUUUACUUUUUUUAUGGUGGGGCACCCGUAUUUUUAUGCAAAUACUGCUCAUAGUCUGUUCUCCUUGUUAGUUAAAUUUGCAGUGACUUCUUAGCCUUGGGAUUAACAAUUGAUAACUCCUGCAUAAUUCUUAACUAUAAAUAUAGAAUCGUAUUGUCUUUUCAUGCAGUGAUUUUCAGUGACCAAGAAGCCAACGUGAACAUAUUUUGUGAUUAGCUUCCUUGAACAAUGUGGCUCGUUCAUCAGAAAAUAUAUUGAAUGAUUUUCUAAUUAAAUGUUUCAUUGUCAUGCAUAAUGAACCAAUCACCGAACCUCUUCGUGAGGUGGAUUGCGACCAAUCUCUUGUGAAUGUAAACACAAUAAAACGAUGGCCAUCUUGUUGCUAAAUGCAAUGAGAGAAAAUGAGAUUCUUUCGCUAAAAUACCAGCUUUACUUUAGUCUAUGAAUGAAAAUUGUUCACUAUAUAGUUUACAUCUCUACUUAUUUGCAAGCAUGCAUGCAAAGCUAAAUAUAGAUAAAUAAGCUAUUUAAGUUUAUUCAGCACUAAACAACAGAAUCUGUAUGCAAAUAAUUUGAUGAAUUCUGGGUAAUCUUCUUUAACUCAUCCUAUAAUCCGAGAAAAUCUCUGUUGAAUAAACUUGAACAUGUUUAUUCUGAAAACGUGCUGCUUGCAAAGAUAAAUAAAAGACAAGUGCAAUUUAAAAGGAUUUAAACGCAAAAGAUCGGAUAAAUCGUUGUACAAACUUGAUUUUCUUUCACACAGGAAAUUCCUGCAAUAUUUCAGAGCCUUAACUUUUAUUCAACACAGUACCAGCAGCCCAGUAAUCUUUAACGAGCACGCGAAGGCGCUGCUUCGCAGGCUAAGACCCCGUUUACACGGUACUGGACGAAUUUGCAACCGGGCUGAAAUUCUGAAGUCCCUUUCGGCCUUCCGUUAACAUGAGAACCACGGAACUGGACGAAUUUGAGACCCCCUAACAGGACAAAUUCGCGUGUAAACAGGCGAAAAAGGACGAAUUUCAGCCCGCGGUCCCAAAUUUGUCUGGUACCGUGCAAACCGGGUCUAAGUAAUCGUUGAGGUGGGCUUCGUGUGACGUCACGGCUUUUUCCAUGUUCCGUAUCCGUAUAUCAAUACAACGAGUGCUCAAUUAUUCGAUACAAUUAUUUAUCCUGUUAUUGCUGAUGUCAGUGAUUAUUUUAAAAGGCUGUUGAAACACAAUUUAAUUUAAUAAAAUUGCUUGCCCAAGAUAAAGAAGUCACUUUAACUACUUAUCCGACGAUAAAAUAACUAGACAUGUAUGGCAUUCAUUUUUUGGCCGCCAUGUUGGUUGACAAAUUCGGCGCAUUCUGAUAAAUAAAUAGACGUGGUGUUUCGAACAGGUUGGCAACAAGAAUGCCGUUUGCCUUUCAAAUUCUUUCAAACAAUUUACAAUCUCAAUUUUUAAGAUAUUUGGAACCAGGGCGUGCCAUCCGCCAUCUUGUAUUAUCAUUAAAUCUUAAUGACGUCACAACCAGGGUUGACCUUUUGGAAUUAAAAAUUAAUAUCAGUGGAAACUGAAUACAUAGCUUGCGCUUUAAUUUAGAACGGACAUUAAAAUGAUUCUGGAGUUACUCAAGAUACAAAAUAAUGUCAGCCUGGUUCUACCGACGGAUGGAAAAUGGGUGGAACUUAAUUAAUUUUUAUUAUUAUUUCCCUUAUAUUCUUUCAAGACAAGCCACUACUUUCAAAAUCUGCUAAAACCGUUUCUUAAUAUGUAUUUGCUUUCCCGACUAUCCAAAUGGUCGGCAAAGCAGUCAAAUCACUAUAGGUGCUUGUCUACAGUAGGUUUACGUCGGUUCUGGGGGACCGAAAUUCUGUUGGGUGGUCCAGAAAGAGUUAAUUAAUUUAGAAAAACUUAAUUUAACAACGUUAUUUUAAAUUUCUUAACUCUAGCGGCACAGGACUGCGUCCUCUCGCGUUGGUCACGGUGGUCAAAAUGCAGCGAGCAGUGUGGCUUUGGAACAAUGAAACGACAUCGAGGAAUUUUACAAACACCAAAGAAUGGCGGGAAAGCAUGUCCGAUCAGACGCGAGAAGAAAGGAUGUUUCCAGCAGAACUGCAAGGGAGAUAUGGGUAGGUCUCAGCACAGUACAUAGAAAAUAUUAGGGUAGGCUUGCUAAGUUCUGUGUGGGUUCUCGCCAGAAGCCUCCUUCCUGUUGUAUUAUGUCAUGAAAUCCUUCUUAAUGGGUUUACAUGCAGUGUAUAUAGAGUUGGGCAGAUGGAUCGAGUCUGAUUUACUAAUAACUCAUUCUGGCUUACAAUUUGAUAUGGUAACAGCUGUAAUGUUAAUAGUAGUAACCACAAGUGCAAUUUUGUUCCCACAGCGUGAAAGCGCGCACAUUUCCAAUGAACUGAGCAACUGUAAGACAAUUAUGGGAUAUUAUUUCGGCAGGACGAGUGUCAUUCUAUUUUUGGACGAGCCCUAGGACUGCAGCUUCAGCGAAACCCCCUGAUCCAGGGUAAGGGGAGCGUCACAACUUUUCCAGAACAUACAUGGGGAGGGUUAAAUUAUUUUCACCAUCUCAUUGAAAAUCGUCAUCUCCCCUGUCCACGUUGCUCAUUUGCAAAAUACAGUCAAUUUCGACAAUUCGUUUGCAAAUUUGCAGCAGAUAUCUGUGCGAUGGGUGCAAACGGGCGGUCAGGUCAACACUCGAAACGCACCAGAAACCAAGAAAUUGCAGACGCUUCGUAACUGCAGACUUCUCAUGCACCCGUUGCGACUACCUGUCUCCACCGUUAACGUAUGUUGCUGUAAUUGUUGUUGAUGUUUUUUUUCCUUUGUAGUCUUAGCACAAAUUCUUCCAGCUGAAUAUCGCCGUCAGCCGUUUCCAAUUGACUUUAUUUUACCCUGGAAAAAAAACCUAACAAAAAUACAGAAAAUACGUAAAAGGUAAAGUACUAUAACUAUGUAUAAGGAUCAAUAUAUGCAGAAAAAUACCUAUCACAUUGCCGUGAGAAGCAAAUUGGCAUUGGGGGAGCUCCAAUAACAAACUUUUGCGUUUCUGAAGGCUCAGAAACGCAAAGUAGUGAUGUUCUUGCAUUUAAAAAUUCAAUAUUUCAUAAUACACUUUUUACACUCAUUCCCCCAGUUUCGAAACAAUGUUCGCUCUGUAUGCAAUUGCACGAAUGAAUAUAUACACAAUAUUAAAGUGCAUAAGACAUGAUUGUUUUGAUUUUCUUAAAUGAAAGAACUCUUUAAGCUGUAGUGUAACUUAUUUUUCAGUUUCUGGUUUUCAUGGUUUGUUCCCGAGAUAUUUCAAUUUGUUUGGCCUAAAUGAGUGUGAAUAUGUCCGCUAAUUUAUGACGUCACGUUGGUUGCAAACUCAACUUACACUGGUUAUAAAUCUAUUAACUCUAAAAACUGUAGAUAUCAGUACACGUUUUUAUCCAGUAUUUUAUCACAUUUACCAGUGAGUGAAGUUAGAAAAUAUUAUUUUGCAUGAUAGCCGUGAUAUUCAACCAUUUUGAAGAGCUUGCAACCAACGUGACGUCAUAAAUUAGCGGACAUAUUCACACUCAUUUACAUACCAAACAAAUUGAAAUAUCUCGGGAACAAACCAUAAAAACAAGAAACUGAAAAAUAAGUUACACUACAGCUUAGAGUUCUUUGAUUUAAGAAAAUACAAAAAAUUCAUGUCAUGUGCACUUUAAUGUAACAACGAACUAUUAAACGACUAUUACGGAUAAGUCAGACGAAAUUAUUGGGGGGGGGGGGGAUAGCCCCCUUGGCCGCUUGUUUAAUUAAGGAACUGAUUAAUUUAGUAGUUGUGUAUUACUCCACAUGAAUAGCGGACUCGAAAGUAAGCCAAGACAAUGUUACCACUAACGUAAUGAGUGCACUACAGUGGAUAGAUAAAGAACUCACAGAAAGCUAGAGUAUUGAAGAACCUAGAACGUUCAUACUAAGAUUGCAGUUGUUACCCUCUCUCCUUUGGCUUUGCAGAGGCUUGUUUGAAGUUUAGAAUCUGGAGGGAGGGAGAACGAGCCCGCAGGGGCACUCCCCGCGAGCUCAUUUCACUCUUUGCGGAAACAUCAUGUAAGUUAUUUGUAGUUUGUUCCGGCGGGGAGUGUUAUGACCCAUGCCAAUAUAGUGAGCAUGCACUUGUGAACUUUGAUUUAUAUUUUCCCCAGCUUCCGUAGUCAUUGUGUCAACUUCAAGCUUAUGUCGAAACAUCCAGAUUGUAAAGGAACCUGGGCAGAGAAACUCAAAUUAUCGAAGCCAAUGUGUGUUGAAUGUCAACCUGCCAUAAUGGAUGAUAAUGGUUUCUGUAAAGGAGAGGGAAUUGUGGGUAAUUUUACAUCCUGGGUCGCGACAAAUUCGAAAAGCUGCAGUGGACUGUGGAUGAGAGUUGGCGAGAAAAUUCCCAACUGUAAAUGCGUUGAUCAGGAAUUCCAAAAUUUUAUUUUUGUUUAAGAUUUUGAUCAAUUGGAGUUUUGUUUUGUUUUGUUAGGAAACUAAAUCAAGAAACUUAUAAGUGACAGCAUUAAAAAUAGUUUAGUUAUUUUAUUCAAGAUUUAAGGCCAUGCAGAGAGGAACUUAAUGCUUAGAAUUGUGAUAUUAGGGAGUUUAAGCUGCGCGUUCACACGACAAUCGUCGGGCGAAAAACAUUUUUACGCCAUAAGGCAGUCGAGUAAAUGAACCUGUUAUUCUGAAACGUAAACCUAUAACGGUUCUUUUGACGUAAGAAAAGAAAUAUAAAGUGAAGAAGUUAAAUGAAAACUCUGCCAAGGAAACAGGACUCCGCCGUUUUCCACGCCCUCAAACGUGAAGCGUAACCUCCCUCUUAUUUUCAAAAGAACAUGUUGAAAGAGACACAAAAUUUCAAGCAGCUUUUAAAUAUUUUUUACCUUUUUGUGACUGAAACUCUUCGUUUGAGAGCUAGACCAAUCUAUAAUUUCUGGCGGGAAACUAGGACUGGAUAGGGCAUCCUUGUGAGUUCACUGUCAAUGAGCCAAUUUUGAAGCUAGAAUAUUUAAUAUACUAUAUGAGAAUAGAUUUUUAAAUUCGUUACAAAAUGAAUCGUUAGAGGUAUGAAUUAGUUUUACUAUAAAGAUAUAACUUUCCAAACAUUUUUUAUCGAGUUUUAGAACGUUUAAACACUACAUAACCAGACUUGCACAAAUGAAAGUGAUAGGAUUUGGCUGGUUAGAUUUGCAGGCAGGGGGGGGGGGGAAGGUUAAGAAAUAGGUUUGCCAAUACGUGUGAAAUCCACCAUAGUGAAAUCAUGCGAUAUUCAAUGUUGUAUAAUUAUCAUUUAUAGACCCAGAGCGAAGGGAUUCGGCGGAAUAUUACCCGAAGUGAUGAUAGUAUCAUCACCGAGGGUAAUAUCAUCACCGAGGGUAAUAUUUCGACGAAUCCUCCGAGCGGAGGGUCUAUAAAUGAUAUAUUAUACCGAAAGUUAAAGAACCCACUAAGUUCAGAAUAAACUUAAUUAUAUUAACCAAGCGAAUACAAUAGUUUUUGACGUUUUGUCUUUAAAAUAUUUGAGCAUGUAUCCCCUUUGGAUCAUUGAAGGUAACAUACGUCUUGAAAGUCUUUGGUUAAAUCAAUAAAUCUUCUGACAAACAACAGCUAGCGAACGCCAUAUUGUUUCAGAGUGUGGUAUCCAGGCGUCACAUACUAUAAUAUCCCACUGGAUCUACCGCGGGAUAUUACAGUAUCUCACGCUGCAUUGCGAAAUCAUGAAUUUGAGUGAAAUACCGUAAAAAAUCACAUUGUCACGUGGUACAAAUGCUGUUUUUGAUUGGACAAUUUGAAUAUGAGGUAUAAUAUCAAUUGAUAACUCAAUCAACCCUCACGCGAGUUGGCAAUCCAGGAAGCGGCAAAUGUUUUUAAUUCGCCUAGAUUCAAUAAUCAUUACCAACAUGAAGAUAUUCUAUAACUGAUGCGGUUGUGCAUCUAUUGAUUGAUUACAGAAGAAAACUGAAACACAUUUAGGAUCGAUUGCAAGAAACCUUGACAACAUUGAAGGCAAACGUUAGUCUGUUAACGUCGUCACGUACACUAGCUCGCGUCGCCUGUUCGUUAUUUGCCUAAGUUGAGUUGCAUUCCCAGUUGACCACCCUGACUAGAGCAACUAUGGUGUAUAUAUAACCUUGUCUACCAUCUUGUAGAUAGGACUCGUUCCAGGGGCUAACCCUGUGUAAAUGUCAGCGAUUAGGAUUCUAAAGAAAAUCAUUAUACACAUGCGCAAUUUAUGCCAUGAACGUGCAAAACCAACCAGCAGAAACCUGCAAAAAUAACCAGCCGAAUAGCGGCUAGGGCAUGUGACCACCACAAGUGGACAAUGUAUUGUUGCUCACAUGUUAAUGAGGUUGUAACAGCGUCUGGUAAUUGGUGGGAAAUGAGGUGUAUUGUUUAAAUAGAGAUUGGUCAUCCGUGCUUUUCUUCUCAAUUUUAAUACGAAUGACUAAUGAGUUCACAAAUAAAGUAACUGCUGUCGAGGUCGCCAUAAUUUCGUUUCUAUAAGUGUACAUUUCAUCUGUAUUUUAUUGACGGAUAGUUGGUCCAAAUUCAAAACUUUUAUAAUAUUAUAAAUAAAUAAAACUAUUUUCAAUAAAGUUUCAAGUUUCUUCAGUAUGUAAAUGUUAUUUUUGCCAAGAUUUUCCAUUGAUAAAAAAUCUAUAUACGACUUAAUAAUUAAUAUAGUAUAUGACCAAUACUGUAAUUAUCUUAAUUGCAUGCUCAAAAAAUAAACAAUUUUUCAUGUUGUAUAUAUGUAUAUGUAAUGCUAUACAGGAAUGAAUACGAAUUCUAUUGAGACAAAUUUAGAGUUUAUCAUAUUUUGAUAAGCAAAACUAAUUUAAAAAUAUAUAUUUUCGAUAAUAUAUAUUUUCCGCUCAUCGUGAGCACAAAAUACGCGAUUUACCGUUUAAGUGGGUAUGUACUAGAUGGUUUUAAUCGUUGUCAAAAACUUUAUUCAGCCUUCGAAACCGAGCCAAUUAAACAUAUUUUCCUAGUCUGGACAAUAUACCACUAUGAUAUUGUACAGACUAGUCCCCAGUUCAUGGUGCACGCGUUACAGUAUCGCAUAUGCCACCUGGGACCUGGGUACGAGGUAGGUAAUGAAAACAUAAAAAACGUCAUCAAAUAAAUAUGGAGUUCAUUACAUUAUUUCGCUUAUUUCAAUCGUACAAUUUCCUGACACAUGCGACGUAAUUACUGACCAUAUAGUGUAAUUACGAAUGAUUGUGAGGGCCAGUCAAACGAGGAUAGGAUUAAGAAAAUAAAGGUUUGACGAGUGUUCCAACUAUGUUUCAACUUAAAUACAAUGAAUACAUGUUGGGAAAUAUAGUGAAAGCAUUAGGGGCUGAUUACAUGGGGAGUUUUCAGCCCGGGCUGAGUUACAGCCCGGUUAAACCACGAGCUGAAAUUGCAUGACGAUUACAUGAGCAGUUUGAGCCCGGGAUGAGUUUAGUCAUAGCUAUAUUUAUAGUCAACCCGAGCUGAAAUAAUCUGAGUGUCACGCAAUAAUACAAUAAGCCUGUUACGCUUCUUUAAAGCAAUCAGACGCUGAUUAGUCGACUAUUUGACUUGUGUAAAGUCAUGUAUAUAUGUAAAGUAUUUAAAGAUCAAACAAACACGCAAAAUAAAGCCAUUGGGCAAAAACGGUUGUUUUUUAGCCCGGGCGGAAAUUAUUUGCGAUUACAUGCUGCCGGGCUGAGUUUCAGCACGGGCAGCCCCAACCGGGCUGAAAUUUCAGGCCGGGCUGAAACUCAGCCCGGGCUGGAAUUUUGGUCACGUAAUCGCUUGCUAUUUUAAUAGGAUUUUAUCCUUAGGCCGGGCUGAAAUUGGCCGGGCUGAAAUUUCAGCCCGGGAAACCGGGAUGAAACUCAGCCCAGGCUGAAAACUCUCCAUGUAAUCAGCCCCUAAGAACAGCUAACCAAGGUCACGUGACUGCCAACUCGUAUGAACUCUCAUUCCUCGUUUGAGCUGGGGCUUUACACAAAAAAACUUGCAAAUUAUUUUCCACUACUAGCGAAUGUCACAAUUACUAACACUUCUUGUUUUCUAAAAUCCUUUUUCCCAUACCUAAAGUCCUAACAUGCAUCAGAAAGUUAUGUUUUCACCUGUACUCGAGUUCAUUUAUGCGUUUGACUAUUCAGAGCAGGAUUACAAGAAACUAUGAACAAGCUUUCGUAAUUGCUAGGGAUGCAACUAUACUUCAAACUCCGGAACUCCAGACGAACGGCCUUCGCUCGAAACGUCGAAAUUCUCCUUAUAUUUUUCAGGUAGUUGCACCCCUACUAACGACAACUUGUUCACAUUAUUGGGCCAAAAAAAAAAUAUAUGGAUUUCCGGUUUCUACUUAUAAAAACUUAGGUAGGGUAGCUCGGUUUUAACUUUUAAUUUUCCGAAUAAGCGGACGCCAUUUUGUUUAGUCAGUGCUUCCACAUCCAAAGAUAAUUUUCCCUAAUAUUGCCACAAAUUUCAAUUUUCCACAAACUUUUUCGUCUAAGUGGAAACACUUACAAGCAUGAUCCAAUAAAAAAGUUUAGGGUCGGGAUUUCGACGUCCAAAAGCUAGGUAGGGUCGGGAAACCGGAAACCCACAUAUUUUUUUUUUGGCCUUGGCACUACCUACACUGACACAAACAGUUCAAGAUUAUUACAAGAAACUAAUCUUUCACACUAGCAAUUUUGACGGCCAUGUUCUCCUCCUGGCGGAUGUGAUUGAAUGAGUGACAUGCAAAAGAUUUGGAAAUGUAUACUUCCGACAGGCGAUUCUAUACUUCUGUGUACGAGUUCAUUUAUUCGCAUCCGCCAGAAAGAGAAAAUCGUCAACAAAAUCUUUAGUGUGAACCAGGCUAAAGAUGAGACUCUGAGUUGCUCCACAUGCAUCUUGUACUGAUGAAUUGGGAAUCUAAUCCACGACCUUUGUUUGUUAUCCCAAAGCUCUACCAACCGAGCCACGAGGGUUCGAGUAAGGGCAGCUUUCCAGUUAAGUAUCACAAACAAAACUAAAUUAUGUCAUUCCAUUCAUUUAGGUAUUUCAUAAGUAACUUUUGAAUGGAUUUAAACUUUUCCGUGCGUAUACUGUAUGCACAAAAGCGCUUAACUUGAAAGCAUGGUGAUAUUUCCAAACUCAGUCCUCUCGAUAUCUGUAUGUGCUGAAACUCAGAUAUAAGAUGUACAGGUAUCAUAUAGGAACUAGAUUAAGUUCGGAAAUAUCACCUCGAAUGGAUUGACCCUGUAGUUCGGUUGGUAGAUCAUUGGACCAGCGAACCGAAGACCACAGGUUCGAUUCAGCUUGCCCGCGGUGUGGAGCGACUCAAAUUAGCAUCAUCUAAAUUAUUAUAAUAUAAUAAUUAACUGUCACGUAUUCUUAUACAUCUCAUUGCCCGUGCCAAGAGCCUGGGAACGAGGUUGGGCCCGUGCCCGCCGUGAAAUUUCAAUGUCUUCUGAGCGGUGAAUAAUAAAAUCAUUCAGUUAUGGAGAAAAAUUAUGGGGUUUCUCGUUUUUUUUUUUGUUUUUUUUUUACUUUGACACUUGGUAUAUAAUACAGUAUACUUUUUAUAGAUUUUGGGCAACUCACUCGAUAUAAUUAUAUAUCAGUAUCCAGUUAGAUCAGGCACGCCGAGAUGGGGCAAAUUGCCCGGGGCCGCGAGGUUCUGGGGGCCCCUAGAAUUUUUUUGUUGGGCCCCAGUCAUUUUUUUGCGCGAAAUAUUUCCGUUUUUAGGUCGAAAUAUAUGUGUUUUUCCGGCAAAGAACCGAAUUUUGGUAUCAAUAUUUGCAGCGGUACAGCGGAAUCCCUGGGCCGCAAGUUCGAUUAUAUAUAAUUACUCUCAGAGGGCCUAUAUAUACAGUUGCAUUUUUCGCGGAUAUGUAGAAAAAUUGAAUGCAUAAUUCUGCAUAAUAUACACAUGGAAAUCUCAUUUUAGCAGGCGGGAGUAUGCUACAUUAUGUACAGUUUACAUUACAUACAUGUUAUAUAUAGUAUCCAGUACAGUAUGUGUCUUUUCGUAUGUGCACAUCGUGGAAUGCAGAUCUAGUAUCAAGAAUCGUCAAAUAUAUUGCACAUGUGUAAGCUAAUAUCACUUCUCUGAUACGACCUUCAACUAUUCCAUUCACAUCAAGGUUGUUUCCAAAUUGUACAUCUGGUACAAUACCCACUUUAGCUUUGUAUCCACUUUAUUUCCUGGCUGAGCACACGAGUCACUUUUCAAGAACCUCUCUUUCAGAAUCCAGUUGCCUCUCUGCCAUAGUUUUUAAAGCAUUCUGCAACAUUUCUAGUACCGCUUC